AUUUAUAUUUGAAAUAUUUCAUGCAAACAUUUUCUAAACGCACGUGGCGCAUUGAAAUUAUCAAAAAAUUAGUUGAAUUAAGGAAUAUCCUUUGUAAUUCUUAAAGAAAGGUAAUGGUUCGCGGUAUUCAUAAACUCUUUGUAUCAAAUCUGCCGUGGACAGUCGGUAAUAUUCAAUUAAAGAACUACUUUCAAAGUCUUGGAUUACGAGUAUUUAGUGCUAAUGUUGUCUUUGAUAAAAAGACAGGAUUAUCACAAAAGUACGGAUUUGUAGAAAUAGGCAAGAACCAGCUGUCAUUGCUUGAAGAAAAAGAUCACAAGCUUGAAGGCAACAGAAUAUUCUUCCAGUUAGCACAAUAGAUUAGUAAUUAAAAGCCAUAGUAAUUAUGUCAGAAGAUAAUUUUAACUUAGCCGCUAACUUUAUUCAGAAUAAUCACAAGGAUUUCAACAAAGAUCAGCUUUUGAACUUUUAUAAAUACUAUAAACAAGCCACAGUCGGUCAAUUAGAUGCAUCACUUAAUCCCAAACCAUCAUUUUAUAAAUUUAAUGACCGUGCAAAAUGGGAUGCAUGGAAUUCACUAGGAAAUAUGUCAAAAGAAGAAGCAAUGAAAGGAUAUUUAAAUCAAUUAAUUGAAUUAAAACCAGAUUGGAUUGAUUCAGUUGACAUUAAUAGUAAACAACCAUCAUUUAAAGCAGUUUCUCGUAUGCAGAGCAAAGAUGAAUUGAUAGAGGAUGACGAUAAAACCAUUGAAGAUUUUCUAAAAGAAGGAAAUACAGAAAAGUUUAAAGAACUGCUCACAUCAGUCGAUGACAUUAAUGAACUAGAUGAAAAUGGAAUGGGAUUAAUUCAUUGGGCUAGUGACAGAGGAAAUGAAUCGAUACUUGAGCUCAUUUUAUCACAAAAAGGUGUCAACAUUGAUUUAGUCGAUAGCUCAAAUCAAACAGCUCUUCAUUAUGCUUCAUCGUGUGGACAUAAAAAGAUCAUUGAGAUUUUAUUGAUGAAUAAUGCAAACAAGAAUCUUUUUGAUGAAGAUGGAAACUCGUGUAUUGGCGUUGCAUUUGAUGAGGAAAUAAAGUUAAUGCUUAGUUGAAAUGCUUGAUUUAUAAAACUUUGUGUAUUAUUCUAAAUUUGUUGAUGACUUUCCACUGAUUUGUGACUAGUUU